AUGGAGUCGCCGCCGCCCAAGCGCAACGCCGGCCACGGCGGCGAGGACGGAAUCAGCGCGGUCCCCGACCACCUCCUCCUCGACAUCCUCAAGCGUCUUGACCUGCGUGAGGCGGUCCGCGCCGGCGCGCUGUCCAUGCGGUGGCGGCACCUCCCCACCCACCUCUCGCGCGUGCACCUCGACGCCGGUCACUUCCGCGGUGCCACGACGCUCGGGGUCAUGGACGCGUUCAUAGGCGCGGCACAAGCAUUGCUCGCUCGGCUUCCUCCCGCCGAGGGCGUGUGCGAGAUUCCUGCCCUCAAGGUGCUCGUCCUCAGCUUCUACAUGUCUCCCCCUCAUCUGAGCUCCAUAGGCCACCUCGUCGAGGACAUCGUGAGCUUGGGCAACACCGAAUGCCUUGAGUUUUGCAUAUCCCUGCCGUUCACCGACCCGCUGGGCAGCGACAUUGAGAUUCGGCAGGAGCUCAUGGCCUUCUCUCUCGCCUACUUCGCCUUCUCGUGGCUCACAAGGCUUACGCUCCAAAAUCUUGCUUUUGGACAUUCAGACAUCACUGACCUCAUUAGCGCUUGCGGUAGGCUCAGGCACCUCAACCUGAGAUUCUGCAGACUGCUUGAUCCGCUGUCCACACUCAAGAUUGAUGUGCCGUGCUCUGAGCUCCAGGAGCUCUACUUCAUCCGCUUUUUGUGCACGCAGAUUGAGCUUGUCUCUGUCCCGAAGCUUAGGCAAGUGGAGUGCCAAUGUUGCCUCUUUGAGAACCCUCCAGUGCGCUUCGGCUACGUUCCUGAGCUUCGCGGUGUAAUCCUCUCUUCUUAUGCCAAGGCAUGGCAAAAGCCAUUCGCGCUGAGCGAGUGCCUGUCAAGGAGUGCCAGGAACCUGUCGAUACUGACUCUGAGUUUUGAGUACCAAAUGAUUUGGAUUCAGCCAGAACCUCCGAAGCAGCUCAUUGCUAUAUUGAGAAACCUGACCUCUGUGCUUCUUCUGCGUAUCUUCAGUGAGUGUGAUUUGAGCUGGACACUGUUUAUCCUUGAAGCUACACCUGCCCUAUAUGAUAUGAUAGUAAGUUUGUCUCGACAUUCAUGUACCAAGAAGCCCAAGGACAGUGCCGAGAAGACCAACGUGGUGUGGGAGCCAUCUAAGGAUUUGAAGCACCUGAACUUGAAGGUGCUGCGGAUCUUCGGGUGCGAGGAUGAAGGCAAGGUGACAAACUAUAUAAGGCUUGUCAUGGAACGAGUUGUGGGGUUGUUGAAAAUCAAGUUGUACGGUGAAAGCCCAUGCAGGUACUGCGAUGCCGACAACCUUGAAAGAUCCAAGGCGGAAAAAGCUAGCAGGCAUCGGAUUAAGGAGCAACUCACACAUGGAUCAUCCUCAUCCGUGAAGAUAAUUAUCUGUUGACGGAUAUGGUCAGGGAGUGCAGUGGUCUCAUAAUGCUCGCAGGCUUGCAGCAGCUUGAGCAAUGACUGUGGGUCGGUUGUAAUUCUAAUUUCUAGUUAUUGGUAACCUGAGAAUACUUUUGCAGUGUAGACCUCGCAAUACUAAUUUCUGGUUAUUGGUAGCCUGGGAAU